AUGUGCAAGCGCCCCGCGUCGGGCCCGUCGCCGGCGAAGAAGGCGAAGAAGGCGAAGACCGCGUACGAGUUGUGGAAGAAGGAGCAGCCGGAGCACGCGGAGAGCGGUGGCGACGACGACGACACGCCCGAUCUGGGCACGAUGCCGGACGAGGAGCUGAGUCAUGUGAUCAAGCUGCUCGGCGGCGACCCCAAGGCAUGCGAGGGCCGGCGGGAGCUGGUCCAGGCGGCGGGCGGCCUCAUUUUUCAGAACGGCGCUAAGAAGUGGCGGCGCGCCCAGAUCGAGGUGCGGCUGCGCAAUAAGUGGAAGCGCCUCGACGACGCGCAGAAGGCUCCGUACGAAAAGCGCGCGGCGGCGGCGCGCGAGGCGGCUGAGGGCGGCGGCGGCGGGGUGGGUGCAAGAGUGGCCACCGGCGCCGGUGCGGAGGUGGGAGGCUCGGCGCAUCCGGAGGCGCCGCCAGAGGGCGGGUCGGGCGGCCACAAGCGUCCGGCGGAGAGCGCUGCGGCGGCGGUGCCGGCGAAGCAGCGGCUCAAGAUCAUGGCUGCGACGGCGGGCGGCGGCGGCAACGGCGGCGGCGGCGAGGAGCGCAGCGAGGAGCGCGGGAAAGGCGCGCCCGCCAAGGGCGGCGGAGGCAAGAGCAAGGGCUACAAGGCCGUGACGGAGGAGCCGUGCGAGGAGUUCGGCGCCGGCUGGAUCAAGCAGUCCAAGGAGAGGAUCAUGCCGGAGGGCAAGGCGCGCGGCAGCGCCUCGCCCCUCCUCCCUAUCUUUGGGUUGGACCGACUGCUCCCGCCGGGGCGGAACUCCUCGCUGGGUCUUCUUCUUGGCGACGUUCGCCGCUACGGCGCGCCUGGCCUUGAGUGGAUGAGUGCCUGCGCGGCGCACUGCGCGUCGUGGAUGAUGUCGUCGCUGGUCGUCGCAAAGGCGCGGCACGAUGGGCAGAGCUUGUUCCCGAGGACCUUGACACCCGACAUCGAGGCGAGGAGGUCCGCCGACAUCGCCGCUCGCGUAGACGUUGGGCAGGACCGGGAGGCGGACGCCGUCAAGGCCGCCGCCGCGCGCCGCACCCUCGCCCGCUCCGCGUCGCCCGUGCCGCGCGAGCUGGCGAGCCUCGGCGGCGCCGCCGCCGAGGCGAAGGAGGCGGCGGGCCCAAAGGAGGCGCCCGCGCCGCCCGACUCGGACGUGAGCGACGACAGCGACAGCGACGACGACGACGACGAGCCGGCGAGCGCGGCCGCGGCCGAGGCGCGGCGAGCGGCCCUCGCCCGCCGGGCGGCGCGCGAGGAGAAGCGCAAGCGGCACCGCGCCAAGGAGGCGGCCGAGGCGGCGCUGCUGCAGGCGCUGCGUGCGCGCGACGCCGAGGCGCUGGCGGCGGCGGUCAGCGAGGCGGAGGCGAGCGGCCACGCCGGAGAGACGGCGGACGGGCGGCCAUGGGCGAGCGAGGCGCUCAAGGCGGCGCGCAAGGUGGAGGUGGAGCUCUCGGUCGCGGAGGUGACGCGCGGCAUCGCGGCCAAGCGCAUGGCCCAGGCGCCGGUGCGCGAGGAGCCGCUCGGCCGCGACAGGUCGGGGCGCACCUACUACUUCUUCGUCUCGGACCCGCACCGCCUCUGGGUCCACGUGCCGCGAGAAGAGUCGCCGCAGGGGUGGACGUGGGCCUUUUACGACACCGCCGCGCACGUCGAGGCGGUGCUGGACUCGCUCGAUGGCCGCGGCGCCGUGUGCGGCGGCGGCGAGGGCAGUGGCGGUGGGGACGGCGGCGGCGGCGAGGGCGCUGGCAGCGGCGAGGGCGGCGAGGGCGAGGGCGCUGUAGCGACGGACAAGGGCGCACUCUUCCACGUCGUGCACGACGACGGCGACGCGGAGGACCUCGAGCUCGGCGAGGCGGAGGCUGCGCUCGAGGCGUUUGCGCAGAAGGAGCGGGACGAGCUGCUGCACCCUCCCGUGCUCGCGCAGCCGCAUUACGAAAACAGGCUGGAGCGCAAGGCGCUGCGGAUCAAGCCGUCGGCGCUCGGGCUGGCGGGCGCGCGCGACGAGCUGCUCGAUUUCGAGGAGUGGCUCGCGCCGCUGCUCGGCAGGCUCGGCACCGGCUGGGUGGCGGCGGGCCGCAAAGACGAGGGCGCGCAGGAGGUGUGGCAGCUCUCGUGCCGCGCAGCCACCACGGUCAACGAGCUCGCCGAGCUGCUCGGCACGCUCGAGGAGGCGGUGCACGCGCUGCAGACGGCGGCGGCCCCGAACGAGCGAAAGCCGUGGCGCAAGGAGGGCCACGAGUACGUCGGGCAGCAGGCGCGCCGCUUCUUUGCCGGGUUUGGCGCCUCGGACGGGCGCAUCUCUGGCUGGCUUCCGGCCGAGGGGAGCGACCCGCCUCUGUGGCACAUGGUCCACGGGGACGACAACGACGAGGAGGACCUCGACGAGACGGAGGUGCGCUUCGCCAUCGCAAACUACGCCGAGGAGCGCAACGAGCCGACGCCGGAGGAGGCCGAGUACAACCUGGCCUGGCGCACGGCCGCCGAGGCAGAGGCGGCGGCCGCGGCCAAGGCGGCCUCCGAGGGCGGCGGCGGCGCGGCCGGCGUGGGCGGCGGCAGCUUUGCCGUGGGCAGCCGCUCGCGGUCCGCGCACCGGCUCUGGCAGUCGGUCGAGAGCCGCGAGCGGUGGCGCGCGGCGCUGCGGCAGCCUCACAGCCCCGCGGUGGUCGCGCUCGCCAUCAAGGCGCUGCGGGACCACUGCGAGCACUUUGGCGCGCUCGGCUACCACCCGCCGCGAGGCAAGGAGGGCGCGGCGGCGGAGCGCGACCUCGCCUACUCGGCGUGGGUGCACGCCGGCGCCUUCAAGUCGGACAAGCAGAAGAAGAAGAAGCACUGA